UGCACAUCUAAAAUUUUUUUAUUUUAUUGUAACGUUAUAUUAUAAUGAGUGAUGAUAUUAUAAUCGACAUUUCUACUCCGGAAAGUGGAGUAAAAGGUGAACAAAUGAUUUGCUCUUUAAGUUUGAAAUGUGUUGCAACUUGGAACGGAAAAGAUGAAAAGAUUAGUAUUUGGCAGAAAUCAUCAUCGGCCAAUGAAGAUAUAGAAUUAAACGUGUUAAUUGAGAAAUUGUCAUCUAUCACAAAUAUUAAUUUUCACAAAUUGGUCGAGUUAGUUGACAUCUCUGAUGAAAAAUUAUUGAUUCUUGAAUUAGAGAGUGAUGAUUGUAAUCCAUACAGAGUUGUGUAUGACUUGAAUUAUCAACGGUCCCUAAUACAUAAAUACACACCUCAUAUAUUUGUAAAAUGGAAAUUUUUGGAAAAUGGAAAUUUGUUAACGAUGCAUCAUGAGCAUAGUAAUAAAUCACGCUUGAAGAUUGAACUAUACUUUAUUGAAAAUGGAUCAUUCAAAUUAAAAAGAUCAUAUUUCAUCUUGACUAAUUAUUACGAUAAUUCUUAUUUGUUUUCACAAGGACAACUUAUGCAUGGAUCAAAAUAUUUACGACAAUGGAAUGUAAUUAAUGGUAGUGAAGAUUUUGAUCAUCAAUAUUAUUUGGGUUGCUCAAAAUCGGUUCAAGUUUGUUUUAAUGAAAGUUUAUUGGCGGUUAGAAAGUUGAAUAAUUCUCUCAUAAUAUACUCCAAAAAAACUGGUAUGGCCUUUUUUCAGCGUCUUCAAGUUAAGAUAAAGGAUAUUGGCUUUUGUAAAGAAUCUGAUUUGUUAAUUGUUCAAGAAGAUAAUGAAAGUAAUAUAGACGGGUUCAAUUACCAUUUCAUAGAUCCUUAUUUUGGAAAUAUACUUUAUACACAGCCAAUCAAAAGUAAACACAAACAGUUGAUAAUACAUGAAAAUGUGAUUAGCAUUGUUGAUAAUAGUGUGCAGAUUGAAAAUAUAUUCGAAAAUACAAAGGAACAACUAUACAGAGAGAUGUCCACUCACCUUUUGUUAUCUAUGACCAAUAGCGCAUCAAUUAUUCGUGGUUGUAAGGGUGAAACCAAAGAAUUUAGCAAGUGUAAUGAGUGUGAUGAGUAUGUCGAAGUCUCUUCAACAUUAUUAACAUGGAAAAUUUAUAAAAGUGAAAGAAAACUUUCCGCAAAUAUAAAUUCUCAAGAGAUCGAUUGCAUAAUCCUUGAUGAGAGACUUUCUAAUAUCUUUUACUUUUAUAUGUUGCCAAAUGAUGAUAUAGUUAUACAUACAAAUCAUUAUGGGAUAAUUUUUACUCUUAAUAAUCAAAAUAAAAUAGAACUAUUAUUUUUUUCUCAACUUUCUAUUGAUGACGAGCACCAUUAUAGUUAUGAGAAUGAUUCAUUUGAAAUAAUUUUCAAUAAAUUUACGAAUCAACCUAUUAUCAUAGAAAUGAUUGUAAAUUACCUCGACGAUAUCACAAAAUUUACCUUAUACGCUUCAUAUAUUUUGCAAGCUGCAAUUAAAUGUCGCAAAGGUGAUAUAAUUGAUCACAUCAUUGAAAAAUGUAUAGAUCAUUAUAAUAAAAAUCCAGAAAAUAUUCAUUUAUUCAAAAUUGUAACUAACCAUAUUUCAGAAAUUCGAAAAUAUAAUCAUUAUUAUGUAAAAAAGUUUUUCAAUUAUACUACUUUAAUUAAGGCUCCUCAAAAAAUUCAAUGCGAAGAAGUUACUGGACAAAGAAAAUUUUUUUUACCUAUAUUUAUACUUUUCGAAUAUCAUCAUCUUUAUGGAUUUACUCAUGAUACUGAUGCUAAUUCUUAUUUGCUUAAAUCAACAUUUUUUCUAAAUAUUAUUCGUUCAUUAAGAGAUAAUUCAUAUUCUUUAUACAAUUAUUUAUUAAAGCCAUUUUCUAAAAAACGAUCAGCUAUUAAAUUAUAUAUUCCUUUACCACAAUUUGCAUCUUACAAUACAAAUUAUAAUCCUGUCAAAGAAUUCUUUUUGGGACCCGAAAAAAAUGAAUUUUUAAAGUUAAAAGAUUCUCAUUUUUAUUCAGAUUGGAAUGGAGAAGCUCUGCUUAAUUUUAAAUGGAAAAAGUUUGGAAGAUUUUAUUAUUAUAUAAACUGGCUUGUGUACAUUGCCUUUCUCAUAACAUUUUCCCUGGCGAUACAUGGAAAUUUUCAAAAAGUCUUUUUUAUAAUUUCUGCUAUUCUGGGAUUUUUUCAAUUACUAUUUUUUGAAGUUCGCCAAUUUUUGUGGAAUAUGAAGAAAUAUUUUUUUAGUAUAUGGAAUUGGUUUGAUCUAAUUGCGUAUAUUUUGCCAAUUGUAAUUUCAAUUCGAUGGUUAAUGAAUCAUCCCUUACCUGCUUGGGUUUCAUCCGUUUCAAUUUUCUUUUUAGAAUUGAGAUUUAUAUUUUAUUUAAGAGUAUUUGAACAAUUUUGUAUUUAUUUUGCAAUAAUCAUUGGCGUUGCAAGAAAUACUAUCUCUUUUUUUGUUAUUCUAGCCUUUAUCAUUAUUGUGUACACUCAUGCAUUUAUUGUACUUAGUAAUCAUAAUAAUUUUUUUGAUUCUUUUUUGGCUAUAUAUAAAUUAAUGACAGGAGAUACUACAAAUUUAGAAUUUCAAAAGAAUCCAGAGCUUAUUGUUAUUUGGAUUUCAUUUUCAGUUUUCACAGUUAUUUACCUUUUAAAUUUGUUUAUUGGAUUAUUAAAUGAAGAAAUUCAAAAAAUUGAUAAAAAAACUUUGUUUUUACAUCAAAGAGCUGAGAUACUUGCUGAAAUUGAAUUAUUUAAUUUGUUUCCUUCUCAAAGAAGAUUGAAAUCUUGGUUUCCUGAUCAUAUUUAUUAUUAUGUAAAUGUUGAUGAAUUGCAAAGAAAGUUGAAUGAAAUAAAUAGUAGUGAUACAUAUAAAGAUAGUCCUUAUAAGCCAAUUAUUCAUCCAGAUCUUUUAGAUCUUAUAACAUGCAAGAUUACAAAUUCAAUAGAAAAUGGUACAUAUAAUUCAAUUUCAGAGAGAAUUAAUUUUAGUCUAUUAAAAAAUAAGGGUCAGAUAUCAAUUACUCUUAAAUUUAAAGGAAAAAAGUUGAUAGAUUAUAUUGAUCAUAUUGUUAUGGAUAAUGAUGAUGAUGAUAAAGAUGGUAAAGAAUUUAAAAAUAUGAAUUUAGAAGAAAAUAAUAUUCAAGAUUAUUUGAAAUCAAUUCAAAAUAUUAUAAAAUCAAAUGUCUCAAAAAAUAAGCAUUAUUUAAAUAUUACACUUGAAUUUAAAGGUGCGAGAUUAGUGAAAUAUGAAAGUCAGGUUGCUGAUUAACUUAGCAUAGUAUGAUAUUGUUUAUAGAUCAAACCAGAGUUUUGUAUUAAUUAUUAGUAUAUAUGAUUAACUAUUCUUAUAUAUAGUGAUAUGAUUAUUUUGAUUUUUGUAUAUGCACUGAAUUAUUAAAGAUAUUUUCUAUAUAACAUUUAAAUUUAAACAAAUAAAAAAUGAAAGAGUAAUAUAAAUUAGGUUAAU